AAUUGUGAGUAUAUACAUAUAUAUAUAUACUCACAAUAUCAUCAUCAUCAUCAUCUCAUAUAGAUCAUUGUUCGUCAUGGCCAGUGAACGUGAUCUGUUCUCGGCGGAGAUUGUCAACCGUGGGAUUGAGUCUUCUGGGCCAAACGCUGGCUCCUUGACCUUCUCCGUCAGGGUUAGGAGGCGUUUGCCGGAUUUUCUUCAGUCCGUUAACCUCAAGUACGUUAAAUUGGGUUACCAUUAUCUGAUAAACCAUGGCAUAUACUUGUUGACCAUACCCGUUCUUCUGGUGGUCUUCAGUGCUGAGGUUGGAAGCCUCAGCAAAGAGGACCUUUGGAAGAAGCUUUGGGAAGAUGCGCGUUACGACCUUGCCACUGUUCUUGCUUCCUUUGGGGUCUUCGUCUUCACUUUGUCUGUUUACUUCAUGUCACGCCCUCGACCCAUUUACCUCAUUGAUUUUGCAUGCUUUAAACCAGAUGAUGAACUCAAGGUGUCAAGGGAGGAGUUGAUGGAAGUUGCAAGAAAAUCAGGGAAGUUCGACGAAGAGAGUCUUCACUUCCAAAAGAGGAUGUUAAUGUCCUCCGGCAUCGGAGACGAAACCUACAUCCCCAAACCCGUUAUGGCCUCCUCCGAGAACACCGCCACCAUGAAGGAGGGUCGUGCAGAGGCCUCCAUGGUCAUGUUCGGAGCCUUGGACGAGCUCUUCGAGAAAACCCGCGUCCGCCCCAAGGACGUGGGCGUUCUGGUUGUCAACUGCAGCAUCUUCAACCCCACUCCGUCGCUGUCAGCCAUGAUUAUCAACCACUACAAGAUGAGGGGGAACAUCCUCAGCUACAACCUCGGAGGAAUGGGGUGCAGUGCUGGGGUCAUAGCCGUGGACUUGGCUAAGGAUAUUCUGCAAGCAAACCCUAAUAACUACGCGGUGGUGGUCAGCACCGAGAUGGUGGGCUACAACUGGUACCAGGGAAAAGACAGGUCCAUGCUCAUUCCUAACUGUUUCUUCCGCAUGGGUUGCUCCGCCGUCUUGCUCUCCAACCGCCGCCGGGACUACAGCCGAGCCAAGUACCGUCUUGAGCAUAUUGUUCGAACACAUAAGGGUGCUGAUGACCGUAGCUUCAGGUGUGUGUACCAAGAAGAAGAUGAGCAGAAACUGAAGGGACUAAAGAUCAGCAAAGACUUGAUUGAGAUUGGUGGUGAUGCCCUAAAGACCAACAUCACCACACUAGGACCGUUGGUGCUACCCUUUUCCGAGCAGCUUCUGUUCUUUGGGACCCUUGUGUGGAGGCACCUAUUUGGGAGCAAAACUGAUGGGAGUUCUCCAUCAAUGAAGAAGCCAUACAUUCCUGACUACAAACUGGCUUUUGAGCACUUCUGUGUGCAUGCUGCAAGCAAGACCAUUCUUGAUGAGCUUCAGAGGAACUUGGAGCUGAGCGACAAGAACAUGGAGGCAUCAAGGAUGACACUGCAGCGCUUUGGCAACACCUCUAGCAGCAGCAUUUGGUAUGAGCUGGCUUACAUGGAAGCAAAGGAGAGUGUGAGAAGAGGAGACCGUGUUUGGCAACUUGCUUUUGGGUCUGGCUUCAAGUGCAACAGUGUUGUGUGGCGUGCCAUGCGUAGAGUCACCAAGCCUUCAAGGAACCCUUGGCUAGACUGCAUCAACAGAUAUCCUGCUACUCUCAACUGAAGCUAAUUAAUAUGUUAUGAAUCUAUGAGUGAGGUCUUUCUAUGCUUAGGAUUAAUAAGGGUAGUUCUAAGUUCGUCUUUAAGAUUUUACAACUGCUUUCAGUUUCUUUCUCUCAUUUUAUUAUUCCUGGCUUGAGAUUCUAUACUUUUAAUUCCUCAUUGGGCACAUGGCUGCUGCUGCCUCCUUGCUUAGUUUCUUUGUCUCUCAUAGGAUGAUCAUAUGAUUGAUGUCAAAGUUCAUGGAUGACUUUUACUUAUAGUCAAUGCAACAUUGUUCCAUGCUUUAA